AUGGGUCCCAGAAGACCUAGUUCGGCGACAGAUGUCGACUCACGUAUGCCGUUCGCAUCGGCGGAGGCGCUGCUAUGGGGGCCAGAGAUGAAACAACAGCACGCCCACCUGCUCACGGAGAUGCGAACACUUCAGAAGCAUCAUGAAGAAUACGAAGCCCGCAUCAGAUCUACCGAACACGUUGCAGAGGCUGCCGAAGCUGCUACAUCGAGGGUCCGACACUUGGAGCAACAACUCGCAGCGAUCGAGGCCGAAGAUGACGACAAGGCUUUCGAGAAGUGGGCAGCAGGCGAGAUGACGCGCCUCGGCAUCUUCGUCGACACGAACAAGCACGUCAGGCAGAAGCAGAUCGAGCUGGACAGUGUUGUGUCUCAUGCUGUGGACGAUCUCGACAAGCUCAAACAUGUCCCUAGAGAACUGAAGGGUGUUCUUCGACGUCUUGAUCUUCUCGAAGCUGGUCGUAAUCAAGACGCGCGUCGGAUCAAGAGUUUAGAAGAAGAAGUCACCCGGCUCAAAUCUACGCGGCAGGAUCCCAACUCCAAUUCUAACACCGCUGGCCCACAGACCGUUUCCAGGCCUCAGCAUGGCAUGCUGAGAUCUAUGACACCGUCUCAGUUACCCAACGCCGAAACUUCAGAAGCAACAAGUGACACGGACGAUGAAGACCUGAUACUCAUGCCGGGUUCUGUACGUGAAGAGAUUCAAGUACCCCAGAGUCCAGAGAUAAGACAGAGGCAAGAGCGACCUUCGCAACGACCUUUUGUAACGCUAACGACUAUUUCAGGGGACCAGUCGAUACGUCUACUCCAGCUGUGCCUCCAGGUCAUCCAGUGA